CGUUGCCAGCCGGCGAUCGCGCCGUGGGAUCUCAUCGAGGCGACGACGGCGAUGUCAAGGGAGGCGGCGAGGACGAGGAGCCGGGUCCUGGUGGUUGGCGCCACCGGCCGCCUCGGUGGAAGCAUCGCUCGGGCCAGCCUCGCCGCGGGUCACCCCACCUUCGCGCUCGUUCGGCCCCACCACUUCGCACGCCCCGAUUCCCCCGUGCUUGGGCCGCUCGUAGCCGCCGGCGCCACUCUGCUCCAGGGGUCACUGGAAGAUUACUCGAGCCUGCUCGAGGCGGUGUGUCAGGUGGACGUUGUCAUCUGCGCGGUGUCCACGAAGCAGGUGCUCGAGCAGAAGCCUCUGAUUCGGGCUAUAAAGGAAGCUGGAUGCGUGAAGAGAUUUAUUCCGGCAGAAUUUGGAGCAGAUCCAACAAAGGUUCAAAUUUGUGGCAUGGAUUAUGGCUUCUAUGAGAAGAAAAUUGAAAUCCGUCAUUCAAUAGAGAGUGAAGGCAUUCCUCAUACUUACAUAUGCUGCAACUUCUUUAUGCGCUAUUUGCUUCCUUCACUGGUGCAACCUGGGCUAGAUGCUCCUCCUAGAGAUGAAAUCAAAAUAUUUGGUGAAGGAAAUACUAAAGGUGUUUUUGUUAAAGAGAAUGAUGUUGCUAAAUUUACAAUAUGCACCAUAGAGGAUCCCAGAACAUUGAACAAGACGUUGUAUCUGAGACCUCCAGGAAAUGUCUUCUCAAUGAAUGAAUUGGCUGACCUCUGGGAGUCAAAACUCAAGAAAUCCCUGAAAAGGUUAUAUGUAACAGAAGAGCAACUUCUUAAAGAAAUCCAUGGUAAAUUGAAACUGCUAAAGGUUAAGUGGUAGUUAUAUUUGGGUUGCUUUUGUUAUAGCUCUGGUGUCCAUUGCAUUUUCUUGAAGUUCAAUCAGUUCCUUUUUCAAUUUAAGCUUUAAGCUACUGUCGUCAGAUAUAAUGUAGUUCAAGAUUGAUGAAGUUACCGAUGCAGUUUUCUGAUUUGCGAUUUACUGAUACUUCAUAAUUUAGUCAACCCAUUUCAGUUUUUCAUACGUUCACCUAAAUAGCUGCAAGUAUAUUUGAUCAUGGAGCAGAAGUUUGUUGUUAUGUCUACGAAAAAGAGUUGAAAAAACAUGAAGAAAGUGUGAAACCUCUCUUUCCUAGUUGCAAACUGCAAGUCAUUUUCUGAAAGACUUCUGUUUCAUGCAUAAAUCAUCUACUCUCAUUCUUCCUUUCUCCUCAUUGCAGAUGCUCCAUUUCCCUUGAAGAUGGAUUUAAUCUUUAUAUAUUCAGCGUUUGUUAAGGGUGACCACACGUAUUUUGAAAUUGACUUGUCAAUGGAAGGAACUCAACUGUAUCCCCAUGUAAAUUAUACAACAGUGAACGAGUACUUGGAUACUCUAGUUUAGGAUAUUUGUUCGGUUUAUAUCUUCCUUGUAAUAAGUCAAAAAUAAUGUUUUUUUUU